AUGAUUAUUCCUACUGAAUUAGAAAGAAGACAAUUCUUCUGCAACACCUGGAAUGGUGUAUGUGUAAACAGUGGAUGGGGAACAUGGGGUCGUUGGGUAUUGUUAGCUGCAAUUAUUGUUGUGUUCAUCAUAUUGGCCCUACUCAUGAGAGCUUAUUCUUCUCGAAGGGUUCGUUCUGGUAAGGCUCCGGUAGCAGGUACAGGAUGGAUGGUACCACCAUCAUACUAUCAAAGUCAACAACAAUAUGACAACCAGGGUCCACCAGCAGCUCCUCCUUAUAAUCCUAAUCUUGGUCACGGUGAUGCUGGCUACUACGACAAUCAAGGCAAUUUCGUUGAGCACAAUCAACCCCCCGCUGCAGAGUAUGCUCCUCCUCCAGGCCCACCUCCACCAAACCAUGGAGAGCAGCAGGGAUAUGAAAUGAAUCCUUAUCCCUACGACCGUAAAGGAGGUAAUAUUGAACAACCCAGUCCUGCUCAUUUCAAUGAAAACAAUGCUGGCGGCUCUAGCAGCCAAUACUAUAGUCCACCAUCGCAUCCACCUCCUGGAUUUGGUACCGCAGGCAUGCCAGGACAAAACUCUCAAGGCUUUUAG